AUGGCUGGGGCUACGUCGAGCUGGAAAGCAUAUAAAGAAGUUAUCAAGCAAGAGUCUGCCGUUCAUGAGCUCUUUGGUCUUCAUAAGAAAUAUGGCGAUAUUGUCCGUGUUGCUCCGAAUGAGCUCCAUUUCGGAAGCCCCGGUGCGUUCCACGAUAUCUACCAUAGCAGCAAAAGGUGGGACAAGGAUACGGGUCUUUACCGAACCCCCGGGGUUUCAUCUGGAUCCUUUACAUUUUUGAAGUAUGCGCAGGCAAAAGAACGAAGGGAGGUGAUUCUUCCCAUUUUUUCCAAGAAAGCCAUCAAUAGUCUUGAGCAUCUGGUCUGGCAAAAUGCAACUCGCCUUGCGUCUUCAAUUGCCAAAACAAAUGCAUCAAAAAGCUCCGUCGACCUCCUCUAUGCAUUCCGAUCCUACACCCUGGACACUAUAAUGUGUUUCACAUUCGGAAACUGCAUAAACGCCCUUGAUGCGCCGGCGUUCAGCGACCCUCUAAUUCUAGCUAUGGACGCCAGCCUUCGUAUGAUACCACUUAUGAAGAACUUCCCUAUGAUCCGAGAUCUUAUCUUCGCCGUACCACCGGCUCUAGUUAUGCGCCUGAUUCCAAAUGCCCAGAAACUAGCUCCACGCCUAUAUCAGGUCCGGGAUCUCGUCCAGCAACAGCUUAAAGUCGUCCUAAAUUGUCCUUCGAAGCUUGAUAAUGUACCACACCAGACUCUCUUCCACCGUAUGCUCGAUCCAGAAUCAUACCGGAGUAAGGAAGUCUUGAAUAUGACAGAGCUACACGAUGAAGGCUUCACACUCAUCUUCGCAGGCGCCAACACAGUAGCUGACACGUUGCUUAUGGGCCAUUGGCAUGCAAUGCAGAACCAGGCCUUGCUAACCCAACUAAGGACCGAGCUCCUGACUGUAUGGCCCAACGUCGAAAAGCAUCCAUCGCUAAAAGAUCUCGAGACCCUACCACUCCUCACGGCAGUGAUCAAAGAAUCCCUGCGAUUCAUUCCGUCUGGCGUGUCGCUAACGCGCGUCGUUCCGCCAGGAGGCGCAGUGAUAGCAGGACAGCAGAUUCCCGGCGGGACGGUGGUGGGGAUGGCGAUUUUGCACGUACAUCAGAGCGCGGAAGUAUGGGGUAAGGAUGCACUUAUGUUCCGGCCGGAACGGUGGCUAGAGAGCGCAGACAAAGAGAAUUCCUGGAACGGGAAGAGUGAAUUGGAUCACUGGCUGGUUCCGUUCAGUCGUGGGCCGCGCAUGUGUUUUGGUAUGAACUUGGCCUGGGCGGAGUUGUACAUCGCGUUUGCGAUCAUGAUCAGGCAGUUUGAUUUGACUAUUGAUGGCACGACAGAGGAGGAUAUGCAAUGGCGGGAGUGCAUCGCGGCUUACUACCCUAACAGGCACUUGCAUGCGUGGUGUCGCCCGGCUGAGUCUGGGAUUAUGAAGUAA